AUGAGUCAUCGGCCCCUCCACUCCCUCUUCAUUGCUUCAAUCGGGAACCCAGGCCGUUACCGCGACACUCGUCACAGUGCCGGUCACCUUCUCCUCGACGCCAUAACCCCCCUCCUCCGGACCCAGCUCCCGCCGAGAUACAAAACAUGGUACAGUCCGUCGCUAAUGAACGCUUCGGGCAAGAAGCUUGUCAACGAACUUGACGCGUUCAAGCGAAUCAACCACCCAGACACGACCGCGAGCGGCUUAACACUCGUUAUCCUCCACGACGAACUCGAAAAGCCCCUUGGCAAGGUAGUCGUGAAGCGCGGGGGCCCAGAAAACUUGAGUCUGCGCGGGCAUAAUGGAUUAAAGGAUGUUUUUAAAUGGUUGGAGAAGAAGAAGAUGUAUCCGCACGAUCCAGCGCUAUCUAUCUUGCGCAUUGGAGUCGGCAUCGGGAGGCCGGAGAGUCGAAAUCCAGACGACGUCGCGAAAUACGUUCUUACGCCAAUGGAGGGCAAAGAGCUGGAUGCUAUAAAGAGGGCUGCAGGUUUUGCGAUGGAUGUUUUGGUUGAGGAGGCUGGAUCAGGUACGGGGGGGGAACCCAGAGCCUGA